AUGUCGCAUCACAGAUCGAGGUCCUCGUCGACCCAUUCGGAGGGUGAGAUCGUCGAAUCAGGACCAGAGAUGAAGGCAACUGCGUCAAAACCUCCUCCUAAAGGCACCAACAUUGACCGUCCCACCAGAGAUAGUUCACCCUCUGCGCCCUUGUCUCCCCCAUCACUGGACGGCUCCAGUUCCCCACGCCGCCGGAGAUUACCCAGGCCCCGAUCUCGCUCUCCAUACAGGAACAACAGAAGUUCCAAGCGUCGACGUGAUGAUGACUACGAAUACGACAGAUAUGAGAGCCGAAAUUCCCGGCCCGAGCCUUCGCGAAACUACGGGUCUAGAUACGACGACAGGAACAGAGAUCCAUCUCCCGGCCGCCGGCCAAAAUCUUACUAUGACUAUGACCGUGAUGACAGUUAUGGUGGAGGCUUGCGAUACAGUGACGAUUACGAUCGACGCCAGGAUAAGCGGCCGCGUACCCGCAGCCGAUCCCCGUACCGUGAAUCGAGAAAGCCCAAGAAGUACUCAAGCGACGAGCUUGAUCAUGAGGCGGAUGGUAAUGUGCCUUCAGCGGACUCCGGAAGACACAAGCCCAAUGAACAGGUAUUGAGCAAGCGGGAAAAGGCACCUAUCGUCGGGUAUUCCAAGCUUGGUGCUGAAUUACGAGAGACUCAAGAACAGGCGUCCAAGUCCCAAGCCUCCGUGGCCGAUGAGGAGCACCAUAACCUCGAAUCUGUGGACUCGCAGCAACCCGAGCCAGUUGACGAAGCCACUGAGCUUGAGGCUCGCCGCAAACGUCGCGAGGCUAUUCGGGCCAAGUAUCGAACCCAAGCGACCCCGCUCCAUCUCAAAGCAGUGGAAAACAUCGGUAGCGGUGAGACUGAUACAUCUACACCUGGCACUGAGCCGGCUAGUGCAAAGGAAGCAUCAGAUUCUCCCCUUGGAACUCCCCUGGAACAGCAGGUGGAUCUUCCCGAGUUCAGUCUCGGACAGGACGUUGAUUUGGCCAAUUCCAAAGCUCCAGUCGACGAUGCUGAUCAAGAUGAGCCUUCUGCUGCUGAUUAUGAUCCAACUCUUGACAUGAAGGAAGAGAGAGAGAAGCAUAGCAACGUACAGAUCAAUAAGGACGAUGUCUCAUCUGCGUCAUACGAUGAAACUCAAACAGCUAAACAGGAUGUUCUCAUUCCUGAUGCAAAAGACGAUGCAUACGACAUGUUUGGAGACGACGAUGACAUGUUCGCUGAAGACGCACCGCCGGCACAUGCCUCAGCAAAGUCAGCCGUUCCACAGGGCAAAGAGCUGGACGUUAGUAUGAUGGACAACUGGGACGACUCGGAAGGAUACUACAACGUUCGACUUGGAGAGCUGAUUAACGGAAGAUAUCACGUCACCCAGAACCUAGGCAAAGGCAUGUUCUCAGCUGUCGUACGCGCGACCGACACCAAGACAGGGAACCUCGUCGCCGUCAAAAUUAUUCGCCAGAACGAAACCAUGCGCAAAGCCGGCAUGAAGGAAAUUGACAUUCUGGAGCAGCUCACGGCGGCCGAUCCAGAACACAAGAAGCAUAUUAUCAAGUUUGAGCGACACUUUGAGCACAAGGGCCACUUGUGCAUGGUGUUUGAGAAUCUGAGCAUGGAUCUACGUGAGAUCCUGAAGAAGUUUGGUCGAGACGUUGGUCUGAACCUGCGCGCGAUCCGGGCCUAUGCGCAACAGAUAUUCCUCGGACUGAGUCUCCUCCGCAAGUGUAACAUCCUGCAUGCAGACCUCAAGCCGGAUAACCUUCUUGUGAAUGAGCAACGCAACAUUCUAAAGGUUUGUGAUCUAGGAUCGGCGUCUCCGGCCUCUGAAAAUGAGAUCACGCCUUACCUCGUCAGUCGGUUCUACCGUGCCCCAGAGAUCAUCCUGGGCAUCCCUUAUGACUUUGCCAUUGAUGUGUGGUCUAUCGGUUGUACACUCUUCGAACUGUACACCGGCAAAAUCUUGUUUACCGGCCGGAACAACAACCAGAUGCUCCGCUCGAUCAUGGAAUGCCGAGGCAAAUACCCGCCCAAGCUUCUGCGUCGCGGGUCCCUGGCACCGCAGCAUUUCGACGACAUGCUCAAUUUCCACAGCGUGGAAGAAGACAAGAUCACCGGACGGUUGGUUACGAAGAUUGUGGACUUUAAGAAACCCACGCGUGACCUCAAGACUCGACUGAUGAGCCAGGGCACACGCGGCAUGUCCGACAUGGACGCCAAAGAUCUGACGCUGUUCGUGGACUUCCUCGACCGCUGCUUGAGUCUGAAUCCCGAGAAACGAAUCACGCCCGCGGAUGCACUGAAGCACCCGUUCUUGACGCGCAAGGUGUAA